AUGGAUGAAAUAGCUGGUGAAUAUCUCUCGUCGACUGAGAAAACAUUUGCUGAAAGUACAACAUCACAGCCUAUUCGAUUAUGCGAUUUGUGCCAUAAAGAUUCAUGGAAAUAUCGUUGUCCACGUUGCUCAUUUCGUACUUGUUCAUUGCCGUGCUCCAAAGAACAUAAAACGAAAUAUGAUUGUUCUGGUGAGCGUGACAAAUCAUUUGAUAUUAUCAAAAGGCUUGUUGAUUACUCGUCAUCGGUAGCUGUUGAUGACGAAAAAUUUCUCAGUACUGUUACAACAUCACUGAAUAAUGCUGCCGAACGUUUGACAGGAAUAAAUCAUGCAAAUACUUCUCAUUCUCUACAACAAUCAAAAGAAAAUGAAAAUAAACUUGAAAUUGCUGCUGACAUUGCAACAGAAGAGACUACUGCAACUCUUCAUGAACAACAUUGCACAAAUGGAGUGGAAGAUAAUGAGAGUAGUUUGAUGGAUGAAACGAAUGAUGAAAAAGAAAUGACACCAUCACAAAUUGAUGGUGGGAAAGAGUUAACAGUGGGGCAUAUGGAAUGGAAAGCUAUGGCUACGAAGCGUUACUUACUCAACAACGCUCAUCGAAGGCGUAUUUGGCUUACUCUCACUCCUAACAGGGAGGGUAACAGUUCUCGCCAUGAGCAUUUUUCGGAUACUAUAUUCUGGACUAUAAGAAUAAUUUUUCGUCGGGAAGAACAGGAAACUGGAAAACAAGUUGUUGAAGAUGGAUAUACAGUGAAUAAUAUUCCGGAAAGUAUAUCAGUAACAACACUUUUGCGACAAUUCAUUAAGCCUAAAAUGGUGGGACCAGUUGUUAGUAAAUCAGAUCUUGAUGCUGAGAAGAUGGCACCUUUCCAAGAAGCCGGUAUGGAUAAGUUGAUGGUUUAUAUGCCUGUGCCUAUUGAAGAAAAACAACGUUUUUAUGUAAUAGAUCUUUCAAAGACAAUUCUCGACAACAUGCGAAAUCGUUUCAUUUUGGAGCAUCCAACAUUCAUUGUUACAUUGGAUAAUCAGUUUAAUGAUUAUGUUAUGCUCAGUGAGCAGGAAGCGCGAGAACUUCGAGAAUUACAAAAGCAGAAAAAUCGAGAUGAAAAUCAAAAUGUUAUGCAGAAUAAUCUCCGCGGGAGAAAUCGCUUUGAUAAUGGCCGAUUUAUAUUUCGUGGACGAGGUAAUGGGCGGGAAGGGCUCAAAAGACCGUAUAAUUUAGCAGAUGUUAGAGGCGGUCGAGGAUCAGGAAGACCGUGGAAGUGUGGUCGACCAUUUCGAGGCGGCUACCAUCAAAAGCGCGAUUUCUAUGAAAGGAAUGAUGGACGAAGCACACCGAGAGCUCCAGAUUUUGGAAUGCAGGAUUGCAAUUGGCGUCCACUGAUUUCUUCACAAUCGGGAGACCCGAUUAUGGAAGCGUGGUCAAGAGCUCUUGAGGGUAAAACAAAAAAAGAAAUUCCUUCAAAUAUGAACAGCUCAGGCGAAGUUCAAACUAUCUCAUAA